UCGCCUUGAUCUCUGACUUGUAGGUGGCUUUCUUGGCCUCGUGUUUCUUUUCUUCCCUCGUGGAGUUCGAUUCCAUCCCUCUAAUCUUCUGCCCCGAAGCCUCCGUCGCCAACUCCCGGAGUGCUUCCUCCUCUCCAAGAAAUCAAAUCAUCUACCAACCUCGAUCCAUAGAUUCUGAUCUCUUACUACAAUUUCUGUCUCUUCACUUCUCUUUCUGCUUCCAAUUCUUCCUCUUUGGCUGGAAAAGUCCUCAUCUUUUCGCUCAGAGUGGCUCGAAGAUAUGUGUUUAUUGGUCGUCUAUGGAGAGACCCUGCGGCUGGAAGUUUGCACGGCGUCUAUCGUGCCCUCAAAGAAUUCUCAUCUGCAAGCCUAAUCCUGUUUUCUGUCUCUGAAAACCCAGCCUACCGAGCUGUUUCUCAGAUUCUUCUCUGCUGGGGAAAUUUUGAUUUCUUGCUCUUUUACAUGAUCAGGUCCUCAUCUGCAGUCCCAAAAUCAAAUCUUUGCUAUUCCCAGUUCUCUGAAUGGUUAAAUCCCCCAUUCCAACCCAACCCAAAACUCUUUACAGGCACUUUUCUUUAGAAAAAUCCCAACUUUUUGAUUUUUGGUCAAAGGUGCAGUAGUACUUGGGGAGGAACUCCCUUUCUAUUUUUAUUUGUUCAUUUAUAAGCUUUCCAAGUUUUUUCUUUCAUCAGAAAAGAAGCCCUAUACUUUCCUGAAGUCCCCUUUGAUAAGUACCUCUUAAAUGGCCCACCUAGUCACAUUCCCUUUUGUUUCCAGCCAAUCCAAUGUCACUAUAUAAUUUCCAGUUUCUAGCACAAUGCGCCGCCAUUCCUAGCCUUGCCCUCUGAUGUCGCUUGCUUGCUGCAUCCCUGUGCUUGAGUGUGUCUACUGCCUUGCGUGUGCUCGCUGGGCGUGGCAGCGCUGCCUCUACAGCGCUGGCCAUGACAGCGAGACCUGGGGACUGGCAUCUGCGGAUGAAUUCGAGCCCGUGCCUCGGCUCUGCCGCCUCAUCCUUGCUGUGUAUGAGGAUGAUCUUGAUCACCCUCAAUGGGCCCCUCCAGGCGGCUAUGGCAUCAAUCCCCGGUGGGUCGUCCACCGCAAGACCUAUGAGGAUACCCAGGGCCGUGCACCGACCUACUUGAUAUACCUUGAUCAUGACCAUGCUGAAGUUGCCCUUGCUAUAAGAGGCCUACACAUGGCGAAGGAGAGCGAUUAUGCGAUGUUGUUGGAUAAUAGGCUUGGGAAGAGGAAAUUUGAUGGUGGCUAUGUUCAUAAUGGGCUACUGAAGGCUGCGGAGUGGCUGUUUGAUGCUGAGUGUGAUGUUCUGAGGGAUUUGUUGGAAAAGAAUCCAAAUUAUACUCUUACAUUGACAGGGCAUUCUUUGGGUUCUGGUGUGGCUGCGAUGCUCGCUAUGGUUGUAGUUCAGAAUAGGGAAAGGCUGGGGAAUGUAGAGAGGAAGAGGAUCAGGUGUUUUGCAAUCGCACCUGCAAGGUGUAUGUCGCUUAACUUGGCUGUUAGAUAUGCAGAUGUUAUCAACUCGGUUGUUCUUCAGGAUGAUUUUUUACCUCGGACAGCUACUCCUUUGGAGGAUAUUUUCAAAUCGCUUUUCUGUUUGCCAUGCCUGCUAUGUCUAAGAUGCAUGAAAGACACCUGCAUACCUGAGUAUGUCAAGUUAAGAGAUCCCAGGCGGCUCUACGCACCAGGUCGACUCUAUCACAUUGUUGAGAGGAAGCCGUUCAGGUGUGGAAGAUUUCCACCAGUCGUUAGAACUGCGGUUCCAGUGGAUGGGAGGUUUGAGCACAUUGUUCUUUCCUGCAAUGCCACUACCGACCAUGCCAUCAUUUGGAUAGAGAGAGAAUCCCAAAGGGCCUUAGAUUUGAUGCUGGAGAGAGAACUGAGCAUGGAGAUCCCCACACAGCAGAAAAUGGAGCGGCAAAAGACGCUUGCAAAGGAGCACGACAAGGAGCAUGAGGCUGCACUCAGACGAGCUGUUACAUUAGAGGUUCCAGAUGCUUACACACCAUCACCAUAUGGUACCUUUGACAAGAACCCUACCAGCAUAGCUGAGGAGCCUCCAGUCUCAUCUAGCAGCGACCCACGCAGGCUAAGCUGGGAUCGGUUGAUCGAAAGGGUCUUCGAGAGGGAUGAAUCUGGAGAAAUGGUGCCUCGCAGAUGAGUUACACCAGUCUCAUUGUAAAAUUAUUCUGUUGUUGUUUAUUGAAUGUCAUUAUUCUUGGUUAUGGCUUUUGCUUGCUGCUUGAGUGAAUAGAAAAAGAAGGGUAA